AUGUCCUCAACUGGAAUCGAUCAAUUUAAACAGCAUAUUCAAAGUCUUAUAUCAAUAAAUACCUUCUUUUCCACUACAUCAUCACUGGAUAUUGCACUGAUAUUUGCCAGUGGAUCGUCGUUGGAACGGAUAACGACAAAUAAACCGGUUAUUUUUAGUAUUGAAGUUAAUUCAUUUAUUGAAAAUACUCGACCGUAUGCGAAUGUUAAUCUUUAUUCAGCGUAUGAAGAAGAAGAUGAAAUAUUAUUGGCAUUAGGAUUGGUAUUUAAGGUGGAAAAAAUCGAUUUCUUAUCUGUUAAUGAUAAUGUUCAAGUGAUACAUUUAAAAAUGAUUGAUGAAAAUGACUUACCACAAGAAAAUCUUUCAAAUGAUUUAUCUCAAUUAUUUGCCGAACAAGUUAUUUUAGAUCCGAUCUAUGUUUUGCUGGGUUUAAAUGAUUUAUUUAAAGUAAAUGAACAAAGUGAACAGAUUAAAUCUAUACUUGAAGGUUUCGAUGUUCAAUUUUUUCAUAAUACUGAUGAUUUAAAUGCUCAUACGAAAUUAAGAAGGGCAAUACAAUCUUUUCUGAUCUUUAUUGAUAAUCGAUUAUAUAUUCCUGAAAGAUAUCAACAAUUUCGAACUUAUCGUGUCAAUUUUCGCUCAAUAUUCAAAGAAGACUUCAAUAUUUUCUAUUGA